GACACACACGUUACGCACACGCUUUCCCUUAGCUGUGCUUUUGUGUUUUGUCAGAAUUAAUGAGAAAAGUUCCCUUGCCCUAGGGGUAAUUAGUGUCCUUGGAGUUAAAUAAGCUAAUACUUAGACACCUCUGGCACAAGCAAUUAUGUUUGUGUAUUGAAUAAUUGAUUCAAAGAGGGGGGAAGGGCUGCUAAUCAGAUCUGAGCAUAAUGAAUUGAUUUAAUUAACAGGGGAAUCCGAGGCUCGGUGGAAACUGCGCACAUUUAUUCAGUAGCAGCAGCAGCAGUGGCAGCAGUAGCACGGGCGAACACAUAGAGCAGGACGAAAGAGGGAAGGAGACACACGCUUUUAGCACUUGUCACAUUUGCAAUUGGAUUUGUUGUGAGUACAGUUGGCUGUUCGGGAGCAAAUGAGAACCAGAGAGCAGCGAAUUAACUGCGAGAGAGUCGUUUGAGUCUGUUGCGUCCGCGCGCCGCCGACACUGUUGUAGCUACAUUUAUAUCGCUUUACAUUGUUUUGCCUUUUCUUUUUCACUCGCAUGGAAUUGAUCAAGAGCCAGCAGCGCGGUUAUACGGCUGUGUGUUUGACUUCGCCAGGGUUCGUUCCGUGGCGUGCGUCGCUCUAGAUCUAUCGCAUGAAUUAUUGUUGAUAGUAAGAGGAAGGGAAAACGUGCACACGCCAGAUCUUUACAUUUUUCCUCGGUGUUGGUUGGCUGAUCGAGGCGUAGUCUAGUAGUCAGCCAGCCGCGCGUUUCAAAGCCAUUUCCAGGAGCAGCGUAGAGCGGAGCGAGAGGACCACGGAUCGCCCGGGGAAGGACUCCUCGUUCCUCAGGACGAUGGUGCUGGACAAGGAAGAGGGUGUGCCCAUGCUCUCCGUCCAGCCCAAAGGGAAACAGAAGGGAUGUGCUGGCUGCAAUCGCAAGAUUAAAGACCGCUACCUGCUCAAGGCCCUGGACAAAUACUGGCACGAGGACUGCCUGAAAUGUGCCUGCUGCGACUGCCGCCUGGGGGAGGUGGGCUCCACCCUGUACACCAAAGCCAACCUCAUCCUGUGUCGCAGGGACUACCUGAGGCUCUUCGGUACAACAGGGAACUGUGCAGCCUGCAGUAAACUCAUCCCCGCCUUUGAAAUGGUGAUGAGAGCCCGAGAUAAUGUUUACCAUUUGGACUGUUUUGCCUGUCAGCUUUGUAACCAGAGGUUUUGUGUGGGCGACAAGUUUUUCCUAAAGAACAACAUGAUUUUGUGUCAAAUGGACUAUGAGGAGGGUCAGCUGAACGGGAGCUUCGAGACACAGGUGCAAUAGUGGGACCACACUCCACUCUCCACUCAUCGUGCUGCACUUGGAAUAGACAAGCGUUGGUCUGCUUGCCUGCAAUACUUUUGGAGAAGAGCCCUUUAUCGGUCCCUGAGGACUCUAUUGUAAAUGUUUUGGCCCCUCCCACACCCCAACACUGAGCAGUUACUAAUUUCGAUGUACAGUUGUGCCUGCUUUGCUGAGCACCGUAUUGCUUGUAUGUUUUUGUGAAGUUUGUUUAAGAUUUGUUUUAUUCUUUCUGACUAGGGUCACUGGAGGGUAUGUACAGUCAGUUUUCUCUGUAUAUAUAAACUGGAACUUUAUUUUAUGAAAUGUAAUGCAAUUUUAUUACUAGUGUGAAUUAAAAGAUUCUUAAAUGUU